AUGGCAAGGCCAUUUGGGGAGGAUGCGAAGGGGAGAGCAUGGGGCGGCGAGGCUGCUCUCAAGAUUCAUCAUAAGUCGCUGUGGUGCUUUCAUUUUCCUUCUUCUUCGUGCUCCACCUGGGAUCCCGUCGAGAGGUUUUGCUCGAUCCAGCGAGUCGUCUUCUUCGUGCUUCAGCUGACGAUGAAGCCGACGAGUCUCCUUCGCCCUGCUUCUUCCAUCUUCCUCCUUCUUCAUGCGCCCACUGCUUCUUCCAUCUCCGGCCAGCCACCAUCCCCUUCCAUCCUCCCUCUCUCCUCUCGCCUUCGCCUUCGUCGUCGUCGUCGUUGGUUUUCCUCGACCCCUCCUAACCUUAAUUUAGAUGACCCAUGCGAGGUCUUGAGUCACGUCAGGAAAAUUUGCAGGAAUGGUGGUGUGUUUUCGAGCGUCGGCGAUGCCCAGCGUUGCUUCGGCGCGAUGAUGAAGACGGACCCUUUGCCUUCCCCCAGGGAUUUCAGUCUUCUGUUGGGUGCUGUAGCGAGGAUGAAGCACUACUCGAUUGCCAUCCGCUUGAUUGAGCAGCUGCAUUCGUUAGGAGUUGAAGAUAAUCAUUUUUGGCUGAAUAUUUCGUUGAAUUGCUUCUGUCGGUUAAAGCGGAUCGAUUUGGGUUUGUCUAUCCUGGGCAGAAUCUUGAAGCUUGGCUUUCCCAUCGAUGUGGUGGCAUCGAGUACCUUAAUCGAUGGUCUCUUUGUUCAGGGCAAAACUGAUCAAGCGUUGAGGUUCCUCGAUGAUAUGGGACGAAAUGGCCCCGAACCUAAUGAGACUACGUAUGCCAUAAUCGCAAAGGGGUUAUGCAGGGCUGGUAACACCAGAUUGGCGAUUGAAUUGCUGAGGGACUGGGAAGAGAGAGGCUGCAGCAUCAAUUCCUUCACAUACAACAUAGUGAUUGAUGGUCUUUGCAAAGAGGGAUUGAUCACCGAGGCCUUGAGACUCCAUGAAAGUUUGAGUAGGAACGGCGUCAAACCAGAUGUUGUUACUUAUACCUCCUUGAUCCACAGUAUGUGCGAUGUAGGCCAGAUGGAAGAUGCUCUUGUAUUGUUGAAAGAGAUGAUAAGGGGAGGCAUCCAACCCAACAUAUUCACUUAUAGCUCCUUGGUUCAUUGCUUAUGCAACCGAGGCCAAUGGAAAGAUGCUAUGGUCUUGUUGGAGAAGAUGAUGAAGGCAGGAAUCGAACCGAACGUCGUUACUUAUAACUCUGUCAUUCAAGGAGUUUGCAAUUCCGGCCAUUUGGAAGAGGCUCGAAGACUGCUGAGUCAUAUGGUGCAAAUCAGAGUCAUGCCUAACGUUGUAACCUUCAGUAUCCUGGUGGAUACACAUUGUAAAGAGGGGUUGCUUGUAGAGGCAGAGGCCAUAGUUGACCAGAUGAUUCAAUUAGGUAAAAUGCCUAAUAGUGUCACUUAUAAUGCAUUGUUGAAUGGUUAUUGUUUGCAAAAUAGGAUGAAAGAUGCAAUGGAAGUGCUUAAUUUGAUGGUUGAAAGAGGCUGCUCACCUACAGUUGUUACUUAUAGCACAUUGAUUAACGGAUACUGCAAAGCGAAAAGAAUGGACAAGUCAAAGAUGCUUUUCCAAGAAAUGCUUCAAAGGGGCCUCAUUCCUGAUGUCAUCACAUACAGCACUCUCGUGGACGGAUUUUGCAAGGUUGGGAACCUUGAAGCUGCAGAGGAGUUAAUUAAAGAGAUGCAGUCUCGCGAUCUCUCUCUAGAUCAUUAUAUCUUGAGUUCUUUCCUGGAUGGCUUAUGUAAAAUGCAGCAGAUUGACAAGGCCAUGAUAUUACUUCGAAAGAUGGAAGAUUCCAAAUUUGUCCUAGACAUUGUGACUUACAAUAUCCUAAUAAAUGGCAUGUGUGAUGCCGGAAAGCUCGAUGAUGCAAUAGGGCUGUUUGAUUGUUUGCAUGCUCGAGGGUUGCAACCUAACGUGUGGACGUAUAGUAUUGUCAUGAGUGGAUUGUGCAAAGGAGGACGCACGGAGGAAGCAUAUCGGCUGCUAAAGGAGAUGCAAGGAAAUGGAUGCCUUCCAAAUGGUGUCACUUAUAACACAAUCAUCCAAGGACUACUAAGAGAUAACGAAAAUAGGAGAGCAGCGCAACUUGUUGGUGAAAUGGUCGAAAUGGGUUUUUCUGCAAAUGUAGGGACGAUGGAGUUGUGGUGGAUGGUAUUUGAUCAUGGUGCUUCUGUUACUCUUUUGUGGAAGUGGAUGGUAUUUGAUCAUGGUGAUGGGCACUUUGAAUCACUAGAGGAGAAUAUUUGUGGCCUGCGGAGCAUGCAGGUUGGCAUCUCUGGUCAAUUACAGAUUACAUAUCUGGGUUAUCUGCUCUGCUUCAUAAUAGCCAAGUUUGAGGGACUGCUUGCUGGGUAA